CAGCAGGAGUCAUUUCAUAUCCUUUAGAUACAAUUAGAAGAAGAAUGAUGAUGUAAUCAGGUAUUUCUUUAUCAUUAUCUAUUAAUUAGGAAGAGCUGAUAUUCUUUAUAAAAAUACACUCGAUUGUGCAAUUAAGAUUGCUAAGAAUGAAGGCGCAAAAGCCUUUUUCAAAGGAGCACUAUCAAAUUUCUUUAGAGGAAUAGGUGCAUCACUCGUUUUAGUUCUUUAUGAUGAAAUCUAACAAUUCAUUGCUCCAGGAACUAAAUCUGCAGGAGGUGAAUGAUACAUUAUUUUACAUUCAAU